CUACCUCUAAGAAUUUCAAGAAUUGUCAGUUACUGAUUAAAAGACUCAAUUUUUUUUUUCUUUGGGUAAAUAGUUUAAAAGACUUAUUUACUGAGAAUUACGAGUUGGACAUGGUAUGACAUCAAGUUUAAUUUCUUGUCCCUUUCAAAUGAUGAGUAUAAUUGCAGUGACAUGAUUCAAUGGAUCUAGUGCUUUCAGCUUGAUUUGAGCUAGCUACCCCACCAUCCAUAUAAUUAAGAAGCAAAAUAUAAAGAAAAAAUGAACUGCAUCUUGGCUGACCUGUUUGAUGAUUCAUGCUAUCAUUAUAUAGCUAGCCUAUAUUUUGUUUUGUUUCCACGGGAUAUUUUCUAUUGGGAUUACUUAAUCAUUGUGCCUUCCAAACUGCCUUUCUUGUGGACUUCUUAGGCACUAUAUUCUCUGAUGUUGCUGGGGAUAUUACUGUUGCUGUAAACGGAGAGUCUUUCCUACUGCAUAAGUUUCCACUAGUGUCUUUGAGUGGAAAGAUCCGGAAGAUGGUGGCGGAUGCCAAAGACCCAAAUCUCUCAGAAUUGGAUUUGACCCAUGUACCAGGGGGACCUGAAGCAUUUGAACUAGCUGCAAAGUUUUGUUAUGGCAUGAACUUUGAGAUCACAACUACAAAUGUAGCACGUUUGCGUUGUGUGUCAGAAUACUUGGAAAUGACAGAAGAUUAUCGAGAAGAGAACCUUAUUGCGAGAACAGAAACUUUCCUUGUUGAAGUUGUGUCUCCAAGUCUUGAAAAAUCGGUGGAGGUACUUUCUUCUUGUGAAUCCCUGCUUCCUACUGCAGAGGAGGUUGGUAUUCCAGACAGAUGCAUCGAUGCCAUUGCCAGGGACGCUUGUCAGGAGCAACUUGUUUCAGGUCUAUCUCAUUUAGAUUGUGAUAGUGGAUCUUUGGAACUCAAGGACAGGUGUCUUGAAUGGUGGGUCGAAGAUCUUUCUGUUCUAAGCAUUGAUUUUUACCGCAGAGUUAUCAUGGCAAUGGAACAUGUUGGAGUACACAUAGACAGCAUAAUUGCAUCCUUGAUGCAUUACGCCCAGGUGUCUCUAAAGGGUAUUGGGAAACCGCAAAUUUGGAAUCCAGCUAGAGCAUAUCCAUGUAAGGGAGAAAAGGGGCAGAAAACAAUUGUAGAAACUCUUGUUAGUCUGUUGCCUCCAGAGAAAAGUUCAUCGGUUCCGUUGAAUUUUCUUUUUGGGAUAUUGAGGAUAGCUAUCAUGGUGGAUGCCGUGCUAGCCUGCAGGCUUGAAAUUGAGAGGAGGAUUGCCUUCAGGUUGGAAAUGGUAUUACUUGAUGAUUUGCUUAUACCAUCUGUCCAGACAGGUGAUUCUUUGUUUGAUGUUGACACUGUCAAGCGAAUAUUGAUACAUUUCCUCCAAAGGAUUGACCAGGAAGAAAAUGAAGAUCGUGGAUAUGAAUCAGAAGGUAUUGAUUCUCCAAGCCACGGUGCUCUAUUGAAAGUUGGACGGCUCAUAGACACAUAUCUCGCUGAAAUAGCUCCUGAUCCAUAUUUGAGUCUCGACAAAUUCACUGCUAUGAUAUCAGUGUUGCCUGAUUAUGCUCGUGUAAUUGAUGACGGACUUUACAGAGCUAUUGAUAUUUAUUUGAAGGCCCAUCCGAUGCUAAGUGAGCAUGAAUGCAAAAAGCUAUGCAAAUUCAUAGAUAGCCAAAAGCUCUCUCAAGAAGCAUGCAAUCAUGCAGCACAGAACGACAGGCUCCCAGUUCAAAUGACUGUCCGAGUUCUCUACUUUGAGCAGCUCCGCCUAAAGAAUGCUCUAUCUGGAAGUUGUGGAGAUACUUUUGUAUCACAAAAGAUCAGCAGCGGUCUUACAAGUGCAGCCAUGUCUCCUAGAGAUACUUAUGCGUCUUUAAGGAGAGAGAACCGAGAACUGAAGCUGGAGAUAUCAAGAAUGAGGGUGAGGCUCAGUGACCUUGAGAAGGAACAAAUGUUCAUGAAACAAGGGAUGAUAGACAAAACAGGAAAUGGAAAAACAUUCUUAACUUCCCUUUCUAGAGGUAUAGGAAGGUUUGGUAUAUUUGGUGGUCCAUCUGGGGGAAAACAUCACAAGUCUGGUAGGAAAUCCAGGACAUCAGAAGUAAAAACUGGUAGGAGUAGGAGGUAUUCUGUUUCCUAGGAAAAGUUUGCUCGCGCAAUGUCAGAAAGAAUGUACAAUCUUUGUAAUUAAUGCAUUUAUUCAAGAGUCUCGGAGAGUGCUAAUUAUUGGUGAAUGCUCUUUUCUUU